GCUGAACACCCUGUGGAUCCCGUAGCAACACCAGUAUCACACGGUACCGGUAACCUCAGCUGCGAAGAUGAAAGCAUCCAAGAAUCCAAGAGAGGGAAAGAGAAAGAGAAAGUAUAAAGCCACCACCGCAGCUUCAGAAAAUCAAAACGCCAUCAACUCAUCAACUCAUCAUCCCAGCAUCCCAGCAUCCACUUCCUACACCUUCAAACUCACCCACCUCACUCUCCAACUACCACUCCAACCAAAACCUCAACCAUCCCUCCAUACACCAACCAUGCUCUCCAUCAAGCCCCUCCUCGCCUUCGCCGCCCUGGCCCUCACCGCCUCCGCCUCAAACUGCAAUACCCACCAACUCUACUGCGGCAAAACGCUCAAGGCCUCCCGCGGCUGGACAAACAAUGAAAUCCAAAGCAAGUGCCUCCGCAGCACCUACAACGACGGCCAGUACCCCUCCGUCAACCAAAUCGACAAGUCGCUGUUCAAGUGCGGCAGUGCGGGCGAUACACUGGUGUGGAUUAAUGGGCGCGUGCCUUGUGGGCGAUGUGUUGAUGGUGGAGCUGGAAACCCUGAUUACUGCGCUUAGAGAAAUGUAUCUAAGUUCGAGGCACUGAGAUGCAGGCUAUGCUUUUCUUCUGUCUUUUUUUCUUUUUUGCUGGGGGAAUUGAAG